AUGAUCCCUCCUGGGAUGCACUACUCGGACGCCGACCGGCGACAGCACGCUGAUCAGACGGCGUCGUUCGAGCCUCGAAGUGUCGAGUGUGACGCCCGACAACCUGGGGACGUGCUACUUCAACCACUGCGCGGUUCAUGGCGCUGGCGGCAGAGUGAGGUGGCGGGAGACCUCAAGCACCGACGCAAGCGCAUGGGCCACCCCAAUCGCAGCAUCGCCCACACUCCCAUUCUCCGCACUCAACAAACCCCCGACACCACCACCCUGGGCCUGAGGAUCUACUCCGGGAAGCCGUACGAGCUCGACGACGAGCAGCUUGCUUGGAUGGCCGUUUCCGUCUUCUUUCUCGCUGCUGUUGCCGAUGACGAUGGGGUCGUCCGCGGAUGUCGAGACUCGACGGUGGUGUGCUUGAAGUUUGAGCGCAAGCAUGAGAUGUGA